UGUUGACAAAUUUGCAAAGAUGUCGAGUGAAAUUCCUCCUCCAAAUAAAACCUGGGAGCUCAGUCUCUAUGAGCUGCACAGGACGCCGCAAGAGGCGAUUACCGAUAAUACAGAGAUAGCAGUUUCUCCUAGAAGUCUGCAUAGCGAGCUGAUGUGCCCGAUUUGCCUCGAUAUGUUGAAAAAUACGAUGACAACAAAAGAGUGUUUGCAUCGCUUUUGCCAGGACUGCAUCAUCACUGCACUACGCAGUGGAAACAAGGAAUGCCCCACUUGCCGCAAGAAACUGGUCUCAAAAAGAUCGUUAAGACCUGAUCCAAACUUUGAUGCCCUUAUCUCAAAAAUAUACCCCAGCAGAGAUGAAUAUGAAGCGCAUCAAGAGCGUGUUUUGGCCAAACUAAACAAACAUCAUAAUCCCAGUUCGUUGAGUCAUAGCAUCGAAGAAGGUCUUCGGUUACAGGCGAUGAAUCGUGCUCAGCGAGUCAACCGGAAACAUGCACAAGAUGACAGACUCGAUGGCCUUUCUGAUGCUGAUGGAAUGAACAGAAAGCGACGGGCACAGUCUGAAGAAUCCGGCGCCGAGACGAAUUCAUUACACGAAGCGGGUUCUGAAGCAUCGCACGAGACGAGCAGUAUCGUUAUGCCUAAAGGUUUCAAUGAGAUAGAACUGUUAUUUAAACCUCAUCCUAAAGACCUCAUUAGCACAGCUCCAGAGGAUACUUCCGUAGAUGAUAUAAGAUACAUCAAGACAACUGCCAAUGCCACAGUGGAUCAUCUUGCUAAGUACUUGGCCAUGCGUCUAGCUCUAGAAAAACAAAAGAAUUCGGAUGGUGCCCAAGGCACUCCAGUAGAACAGCUCAAGUACAGCAUCUACGUAUCUGAAGGCGGCGGAACUUUCGCACUCUUGAAUGGAUCAUUUACUCUAGAUCAAGUGAACGAAAAGCAUUGGAAAGUAAACAAACCGUUGGAAAUGUAUUACACUCCAAAAAAGGCAGAGGCCACAGAGAAAUAAGUGGAAUCUGACUAGACAAUCUGGUGCUUCAUGUGACAUAAACUUCUAUGGGUCAUCCAUAACGAACAUAAACAUACAUUUUGGACAUCAGGCCUUUUCAGGAGAUUUUUGUACGGGAGCUAUCGGUCACUCCCGCAAUUCUGUCAGGGGAGCUAUAAAAAAUCACUUCCCUGGGAUGCCCCAGAGGUGAGUGAUCACUCCCAUCAGGGGAGUAAUCACAUCAUGCGCAGUACAUUUUAUUCUCGCCAUAGAACUAAGGAAAUUUCUCGCCCAGCAGAUAGGUUUGUCUCAGCACUGACAGUAGCGCUCCUCGGUUUCGGAGUUGCAUUAUGAUAAUGAGCUGCACUACGCGAGGGUAAGUUCCCAAUGUUUGGUCAUCUCACUAAAUAGUCUCGCACAACUACCUCACUUCAACGUUAGUUGCGGUGCCGAUGGAAACCAAAAUGCACAUACUCCGGCAACAAAGACUUGUGUGCGAUACUACGGUGUGAGUGAAUGAUUGCCUUGCGCAUGACUCACGAUUCUGCGAAAAGUGAUCCUGCUGAUUACGAGGUAUUCUGGGACGCGACAUGCACUGUCGGAUGCAAGAUGACGAGUGUGAAGGUGCCCGUAAAUAAGUUUUCUACAGUCGCGAAUAUCGACAUAAUCAUUGACGAGCACGAAAAAAAGAACCUCUCAAAAAUUACCACAGGCGUUGAUUUUGUCACUCUCUCGUCUGUUUUCACGGGUGUAGUGAAUCACGCUGGAAUGACCAAAGUAAGUUACAGGCUUGUACGGGCGCCAGCGUGAUCACGCCCGUCUCCUGAAAAGGCCUGGGACGUGCCAUAUAUCAGUUGGUUACCAGUUGGAAUGUCUUCAUACCAAAAGGUCCUCAGGAAAUGAAAGUGAAACAAAUAAUUGCUUUAAGAUUCUGUUCAAGCUCUACUACAGUCUAUCUUUUAGAAAACAGUGUUCUUAUUUGAUUUGUUUUGACUGUUGGGUUGUUGGAAAAAGACUAGUUUGAUAUUUAAUGCAUUUUGUGUACUUUCUCAGGACUCAAAAAUGAGAAAAGGAACAAUUGAGCUUAGAGCCUACAAAGUUGCAAGUAAGUGUGCAGCAAAUGCAACCAAAACAUGUAUUUUAAUUGAAGGUUACCAGUUGGAAAAAAAGAUUGGUGAUUUUUCAAAUUUUAAACUAUUAUAGCUAGGGCGAUUAGCUGACCUGGUGAGGUUUUGGCAUGAGGAUGUUUUGACUGGACUCCUAUCCGUGUAAAAAUCCAUGUAUAACUUGCUAAUGUUAAAGCAAAUGUAUUGUGUUCUUAAAUGGGUCAUCCUAAACAGUGUAACCAGAUUUAAAUUUAAGUUUAAAAGUUCGCAAAAUAGAAUGUAAUGGUCAUAAACAAAAUGAGCAGACCAUUUUCCACAAUUUUGAAUAUUUUGUGAUUAAGAUUAUGGAGGUGUUUAAAAUGUACCAGCAUCCACCAGCCCAACCAGCGGCCAUCUUUGAUAGACUUGGAGGAAAUGAUAGGGCUUCCUGAAUUACCAGAGGCUUGCGAUUUUUGAAAACCACCUCCUUAUCUAACACCCAAUAUGGCAUGAAAUUUUUAGGAGGCGUGUUAGUCUACUUGUUUCGUUUAUGACUACUCAGUUUUAUUUUGAUAACUUUAAACCUGACUUUGAAACCUGGGGAAUGCUAUUUGGUAUGACCACUUAAAUCUGAUGAUCCUCAUUUCUCUAAGUAGCAAAUUGUGCUAUUUGGAUGGCUCAACUGUGCAUGUCAGUGCUGAGAAAACUAAGGAGUGAGUGGUGUCCAAGGUUUGUUUUUAAAAAGGCCUCUUCAGGAUGUGCUGAAAACUAAGCUAAAAUUGGCAUUCUUUAAUUCCAGGAAUAGAGAAGUGGCUUCAAUAUCUUCCAAUGUAGAAACUAUAAUGUGUUCCAUACAGGUUAUUGUACUAACUCAAGAUAAUUUCAGCUGAUACAUUUACCACAUGCUGUAAUGCAAUACAUGUAUCAGUCUAGCAACUACUGUCAAGUAUAAUUUCUAACCUAGUGUUGCCUUAAUAAAAUUAAUGUGAAUACUAUGUGUUACGCCAAAUAGCAUAAUAAUUAUUGACAUGUCAUAAAAAUGGACAUAAAUCAAAAGUGUUAUGUAAAUGAAUGUGAUGUUUCUACACUACAAUAACAUGUAUCGGUAGACCAACAAUUUGGGAUUUCUCUUGCAAGUUUUCUGGUACCUAUCUGUUUGUUUGAGCAGAAAUGAAGUAGAAACAUAGUGGAAAAGCAUUUUACCUUCUGCAUCCUAAAGCAAAGGUAAAGUAGCUGAAUGCAGUGAUGCCUUAGGCUAGAUCUAUUAUCGAGUUCACGUUUUCUAAUGUAACGUGUCACCUCCACCGGUGAAACGUCACUUGUGACAUGAAGAACGAACAAGUCAUUUCCAUGACGUGUCACGAUGUCACUUUUCACCCUCUCGACUUGUUUUUAACCUGUUAACCGCGUAAUUUUGUAUUUGUUAACUGCGUCCUAUUGCGUGAUUAAAUAGAUAACACAUGCACAUCCUCAUCGAACAGCCGCUCCGUCUUGCAUGCUUUAGCCAUGAUUCAGCUCAAAAAGUGGUGCCAGUGGCGACCCGUAGUGUUCUGAAAGGAAACUACACUGUAAUGACGAUCUGAGAGGAUUCCCCAUCGAGUUUCUGAGUGUUGUUUGGACUUAGGUGAGUCACAAAUAUAGGACGCCAUAUGACGUCUUACGCAAUGCACGGUCUUUAGGCCAGGACGUCAUAUGGCGUCUUACGCAGUUAACAGGUUAAGUAUGACAAGUUACAACAUGGACCCUACAUAACUCUAGUCUAAUCAAUUGAAAUUGAAAGAAUUUUGAGGUACUGAUUUUGAAGUCAGUAUUGUGUUGUACAUUGUGUAUGGGUUUCUUGGAGUGCCAGGCACUUUUGUCUGCAUGGCAAUGAGUUUGUGUUUUCAGGGAUGAUCAGGAAUGAAUUUGGGUAAAAGUGGAAUGCAGUUUUUUCCGACUCUCUAUCCAAGAGUCAUGGGGUCAAACCCCAUGGUCUGGUCGCUGUUCAGUCCACGGGUUUAGUUCUAGAUAGCACUACAUGUAUAUCAGGUGCAGUACCUUGAGUGCUUCCUGAAAGGGCUGUAACAGUCAAUUGUGUAGACUGCUUGUCAAUUUACCAGUUCUGUGAGGCAAUUUCUAAAGCGAAUAUUCAGACAUGUCUUUUCAAAUCACCUGGAUAGUGCAAAGCUUUUUGAUAUACUGUUUAUAAGAGGCUAUUCAUGUUGUAACAGAGAGUUCCAUUUGUCUUUAAAAUUAAGCCAAGCUAAUGUAGCAAAUGCAGUAAAUAUAUCUCGGAAUGUGCAUGAAACUUCAAUAUCAUUUUUGUUUGUAAAUCUUUUCUGGCUAGUAGGCCUACAUGUUCGAGAUGGUAAUUUCUGUGAUUUUGGAAAGUGUAAACGUCAUUGGGUUGGAUAAUGAAAAAGAGAUUCUUCAUAUUUUGUUGAUGUACAUAUCAACUGCAAUUUUUGUGUAUUGUGGUAAAACACGUACUGUUAUGAUUGUAGUAUCUUCAAAACUAAUCAGUGACUGUGUUAAAGUGUUGUACAGUAAUUCGUCAUCGUGUAAGUUACUGUGUUUUGUAUAAAUACAUCUCUUGUAAAAUUA